AUUGGUGAAAUAAAAUCAGCAGUGGAUAUUUCUGAGGAAGAGUGGCAUAACACUUUAAGGACAAAUUUGACAGGAUCUUGGCUAGUUUCCAAAUAUGUUGGAAAACACAUGCAAGCUGCAAAACGAGGAGGCUCUAUUAUUAAUAUUUCAUCUAUUGCUGGUUUAAAUAGAAUAUCAGUGCGAGGGGGCAUUGCCUAUUCUUCCUCCAACAAGGCUGCCAUGGAUAGCAUGACCAAGGUAAUUGCAUUGGAAUUGGGAGAACAUAACAUAAGAGUGAAUGCAAUAGCUCCAGGAAUUUUCAAAUCGGAGAUUACUGAGAAAUUAUUGCAAAAAGAUUGGCUAAAAAAUGUAGCAACAAGAAGUGUUCCACUGAAAACUUUUGGAACCACAAAUCCUGCUUUAACUUCACUUGUGAGAUACUUGGUCCAUGACUCUUCCAAUUACAUAUCUGGCAACAUAUUUAUUGUUGAUUCUGGUUAUACUCUUCCUGGUAUCCCUAUCUUUUCUUCUCUAUAA